UCUAAACUCAAAACAAUUUUCCAACAAAUCAUAAGAAAUCCAGGCAUCCAUAUUAGCCAACGGACCAAGUUCUCCGAUCACCACCGUCACAAGAUCCGAAACACCAAACACAAUCACCAUAACUGCAACCACUAUGACAACUCCAUGGACCUCCAAGACCACCUGGACAGUGUCACGUGGCUCUCUCGACUCCGUCCUCACCUUCGAGACGUUCGAUUUUCCGAUCGAAUCGGAAUCCACUCCUCGGAAACCGCCACUCCUUCUCCUACCUCCUCCUCCUUCCGAUUCUCAACCGUGCGAGAUCAAACUAAAUUUUACUCAAAAGCACGAGAUCCGUCAAGUGUAUGUCAGAAGUACAGCACGUGUAUACGAAAUAUAUUAUGCACCUACUUUGCAUAGUGACAAUGAGUACCUAUGUACUGUCCGUUGUAGUGCUGCAUCUGUAGAGGACAAUUCAUUCCCUGCAUCUGAUGUCAAGGAAGCUGUUUCCGUAAACUCAGAGGGUCAUACUGACAUAUUAUCAAAAGCUAGAGUGGCCGGUGAGAAUAAAAUUGGCACCAAUGAAGAUGAUUGGGUUGAGGUCAAACACCCUGUUGGUCUAGAACAGAGUUCAAACAAUAGCCGAAACCACCAGGAUUUCUAUGAGGCUACAGCAGAAAUCAAUGAUUCAGAGCCUUGCAUGUCACUCACUAUUCGCUUGCUAUCACUUCAAACUAAAGGCUGCGUAUACGUUGACGAAGUGUACGUGUUUGCUGACCCGAUUGAUUCAGACGACUCCGAGAAUCAGACAGUUAACGCAGAAACCUCAGCCAAUAGUUCACUUAUGACUAUGCUAGUUCCCACUCUUCUAGGGCUAACUAAAUCUAGAUCCGCCCAGUUACACGAUCAAAAUAGUUCCAAUCCUGUAGGACCCGCCACUUCAAAUUAUCCCGUUAAUCAUGUUUAUCAGCAAGAUGAGACGUCGUGUAAACCGAGUGAGGCCAAAGCUGAGUUAACUCAAUCCCAAUUAGCAGUUUCAACACCUAAUGAAGAUAAAGUAAGUGACUGGACAGCGAGAAAUGAGUUAUCGUAUAACCGAUCCGAAAUUUUAUUGGAACAACUUGUUGAACGGGUGAGUAGAAUCGAAGAUAUCUGCAUGAGGUUUGAAGAGAACAUGUUGAAACCGAUAAACAACAUGGAGGCGAGACUCCAACGUGUCGAGCAGCAGGUUGAAUUACUUGUGAGGUGUCCAGUGUCACCGUCUUUUUCAAGACUUGAACCCGAGCCCAGAUCAAUAAGCAACGAUGGAAACGGGUCAAAAUCUUGUGGUGAACCCGAAUUAGAAAAGACAGAAUCUUUCUUAACUGGGACCCACAAUCCACCCGAGGAUAAAUCUAUGGCUACUGAUGAAAAACUGGAAGUGAAUGAUGUUUUAGAAUCGCCAAAGAAGGAAAAACCGAAGAAAACCGUUUCGAUUGAUGAUGCUUUGGCUGCAGCACUAGCUGGAUUCUCAUCUUUUUCCAAACCGAAUGAUAGUUGUAUAGUUGAAUCUAUAGAUACAACUCGUGUAUCAAAUACUGACGGUGAGGAGGAGGCUUCGAUUUCUUCUGAGUCUCUGAAAGCAACCGCACCCGAGUUUAUGGGGGAGGAUAAUGAUGAGGGCCCGACUUCAUGUGAUGUUUCGACAGAUAUUACGGAUAAUAGUUUUGACUCACACGGAACGACAUCGCAAGUAGAUGAUGAAGAAGCUAUGGGUCCCACCGGCAAUGUCAGUUGUCCAUCGUCUCCUCCUCACGAAACCAAUGCUCAGCUAGAGUCUAUUACAGCGGUCAAAGUAUUGACUUUUGACAAAACCGACAUUCUUAAACAUUUCCCUGAUCAGCCUCAAGAUGUGCCGGAAUCUAGAGUUGAUUUUGAAUCUCCUAUUCUAGAAGUGAAGUUUGCUUCUUUUGAUAAUGGUAGCCUCAAGUCCCCUCUUGAAGCCCUGUUGACCGAUGAUGCAGCUAGGCCCGCUAUUGACGAAGGCAUGUUGAUUGAGGAAAGAUCUAAAACCGCAAACAAUCUUUUGGUGGAUUUGGAUGGUGAUGAUGCCGCUAAGUCUGCUACCAAUGAAGGUGUAUUGAUUGAGGAAUGUUCUAAAACUACAAACACUCUUUUGGUGGAUUUGGAUGGUGAUGAUGCCGCUAGGCCUGCUAUUGUUGAAGGCGGCGUAUUGAUUGAGGAACUACCUGAAACCGCAACCAAUAUUUUGGGGGAUUUGGAUGGUGAUGGUGUCUGCGAAAAAGUGCAUCAACAGGAUCUUCCGCCUGUUCAACUCGAAACUUCUUUUGCAAGUCUUAUUUGACGCCGGUCCAACGGUUAAGGAAGGUUUCUUAUUGUACAUAUAACUUAUAUAAAUUAUAUGUUUACAUCACUUUUGUUACAAAACCCAUGCAAUCCGUGUUAAACUUAUUUGAAAGCUAAACACUGUUUUUUUGUCUGAUAA